GAAUGCACCACCGCCUCCUCCUCCGCCGCCGCCGCGCCGCCAUGCCUGUCCCUCCGCCCCAGCCGCCGCGGGCGCCCGGGGUCGCCGGGGCGCGCCUCUUCGCCUCCCUCCCGCCCCCGCCGCCUCUCCAGUCACGCAGGGAGGUGCAUGUCUGGUAUGUUUGCCCUGAUGAGCUGAAUGAUCACUCCCAACUGGAUAUGUACAUGGAACUCCUUUCUCCCGCCGAGAGGAAGAACGCCUUGUCUAUGAACGGGCCGAGGCUGCAGAAAGACGCCAUGCUGUCGCGCGCAUUGCUGCGCACCACCCUCUCAAGAUAUACAGAUUCUAAAAUCGAUCCGAGAUCAUUUGAGUUUAAGAAGAAUAAGUUUGGCAAACCUGAGAUAUUGUGGAGACCUGAUGAUAGCAAUAUGGACUGGCCUUUGCAUUUCAAUAUUUCACACACAUCUUCUCUUAUUGCCUGUGGCAUUGCCAUGGAUGCUCCUAUUGGUAUUGAUGUUGAAGAAAAGAAGAGAAAGACGACCAAGAGUAUUUUAUCUCUUGCCCGCCGUUACUUCACCCCUUCAGAAGUUGAUUUUCUAGCUAAAAUUGCCGAUUCUGAUGCUCAGCAAAAGGAAUUCAUAAAACUAUGGACUCUAAAAGAAGCAUAUGUCAAGGCUCUUGGAAGGGGGUUUUCAGGUGCUCCUUUUAAUAGGUUUUCAAUCCAAUUGAAAACAGACAGCCGAAUUCAGAUUACUAAGGCACCAAAAGCAUGCAAUGAUUCUGACUCUGGUGAUUAUCUGUCCGAGAAUUGGCGGUUUACACUUGCAGAGCUAAAUAGUUAUUAUUACAUGGCAGUUUGUAUAGAGGACAACUCAAGAGUUUCUGAAAAUGGAUCAGUACCACUAGGAUUGAAAGUAUGGAAGACCGUUCCAUUCAUAAAAGAUACACUUGUUUCUGGAACAGAUGCUGUAAAACUUAUUAUUUGACCACGUUAGAGAAUCUGCUCUCUGUAGCAUGAAUUCACCAGAUGACAACAUUGUUUGGACCGUCGAAACUCUAGUAUUCUCCAAUCAUUGUUGAAGUAAUGCCUGACUUUGUGCACUUGGGAGGACCUGGGAAAUG